AUGUUUUUUCACGUUUUCUUUGCCUUGGGCGGGGUCUCCGCCGCUUAUGCUCAAUCUACUGCUAGCUCGCCCUUCUUAGCCCAGUGGCUUAUCUUAAGUGACUACUCCAUCUCUACUGUUGGAGGCGAUGACACUCAUACCACAUACAAUGUAAAGUGUGAUACCGACGCCACUCGUUGCUCGCUUCCUGCGGCUGGUGUUACCGUUUUCACUGCCCCAUCAUCUGUCGGACUAUAUUAUACUGCACUCUCUGAGACAUUUAAAUCAUUAGUUGAUUGUACCUAUAUCGACGCUCGUGCAUCGGCAGUUUGCUUUGCUUUACAGGCUGCUCCCGGUGUGGCUGUUCAGAGCGGUACUUUUGUGACGGGCCUGAGUAUAAGUACCACGACUGCCACCCUGCCCGCCGCUUCCGUUGAACUGGGCUUUAACACGGCUACUACAACAACUACCGUUAUCCAGACGACCGAGGGGGUUGUGUCAGCAGCAGGAACUACUUCUCACAGCGAGACUGCGACAAAAACUGGCGCUGCGGCGAGUGCAACGAAGGCUAGCGGUGCGAGUGAGGUAUUUGGGCAUCGUAAUUCUAACCUGGCUGUGGGCGCUGCAAUGAUUGGCCUAUCUUUGUUAUUGAGUACAUUGAUGUCUAUGUUUUGA